GAAGCAGGAAGCGCCAGCCCUGCUCUGAGCCCAGCUGCCAGGCUCGGGGACGGCGGGAUGGAGUCUGUGGCCCUGUACAGCUUCCAGGCCACGGAGAGCGAUGAGCUGGCCUUCAACAAGGGGGACACACUCAAGAUCCUGAACAUGGAAGAUGACCAGAACUGGUACAAGGCUGAGCUCCGGGGCGCCGAGGGCUUUAUCCCCAAGAACUACAUCCGCGUCAAGCCGCACCCAUGGUACUCGGGCAGGAUUUCCCGGCAGCUGGCCGAAGAGAUUCUGAUGAAGCGGAACCACCUGGGAGCCUUCCUGAUCCGGGAGAGCGAGAGCUCCCCAGGGGAGUUCUCCGUGUCUGUGAACUACGGGGACCAGGUGCAGCACUUCAAGGUGCUGCGCGAGGCGUCGGGGAAGUACUUCCUGUGGGAGGAGAAGUUCAACUCCCUCAACGAGCUGGUUGACUUCUACCGCACCACCACCAUCGCCAAGAAGCGCCAGAUCUUCCUGCGGGACGAGGAGCCCCUGGUCCAGCCGCCAAGGGCCUGCUUUGCCCAGGCCCAGUUUGACUUCUCCGCCCAGGACUCCUCACAGCUCAGCUUCCGCCGCGGCGACAUCAUCGAGGUCCUGGAGCGCCUGGACCCCCACUGGUGGCGGGGCCGGCUCUGCGGGCGCGUGGGCUUCUUCCCGCGGAGCUACGUCCAGCCAGUGCACCUGUGACCGUGGUGGGGCCCGGGGGGCAGAGCCGGCAGAUCCCCCGUCCACUGACACUGAGGUCCAGAGAAAGGACAUGGACACCCCCGCCCCAGGUCCCACAAGGUGAGCCGAGGGCUUUGGACUGGAACGUGGGCCUCCUAACUGCCGCCUCCCACCACUUGACACCAAGUGGGACCGACCCCAGCGCCCCAGCAUCACUGCAGCGUUCGUCGCCCCCCGGGCACCGGGAGCUCCCGGGGCUUCCCGCUGGCCUCUUCCCAUUGGUCACCAGCUGUGAGAUGCCAUAAGGCGGGGCCUCUGCCAGCCCCGCCCACUCCUACCACCAAGGGCCCCAUCCCCAGGGAGGGUUGAGGACUCCUAGGUCCACCCAUAGGGGGUCCAACCCAAGGAGUCAUGGGCUUGGUGGGUGGGUUCACCUCAGGCAGACUAACCCCUGGGCCUGCCUGCCCCUCCCUCAAAAGGCCCCUCA